AUUACACCACUCCCUCUUCUUUUCCUUGUCUUUUUUCCUCGCCUUUCGUUUUUCUCUCUAUCCCCAACUUUUUAAACCCUCGUCGGAACAUAUACCCGGAAUAUCUUCAUCGGAGCGCCUCUGACCGCUCACACCGUUCCAGAAAGAAACAGAAGAGAAAGAGACAAAGGGGAGCUAUCCUUUUUUCUGUUUUUCUGCGUAAGGUUUAGGGUGCUGAGUUUCUCUGAUAGCUUAAACGACGACGUUGUUUUCAAGUUUCAGUGUUUUUUUUUUUUUUUUAUUAGCGUCGACUUUAAGUAGUUCUUAGGGUUUCCUUUUUUAUAAACUUCAAGCAAGAGGAGGCUUCCAGCUGAAGUCAAAUUCUGACAAGCCUGAAAAAACAAGAGAAGGUAAUCGACUUCGUUUUCAAAUUAUACUCGGGAUUAAUUGGCGAGGAAUUAUAGCGAAAGCAAAGCUCUAUGGCAGAAGGAAUUCAAAUUCAAAUUUGAUUAUUGUCAGAUAAGAAAAUGCUGAUUAUUAGUUGACCUUGUGGGGAUUUUGGAUAAUGAUUUCGAUUGUGGAAAUAUAGAGAUAAUAAAGACAAAGAGACUGAGAAGAAAUGAGAAAUUCAGGUAUUAUUUGAGGCUGCCAAGUUUGCAACAUGAGUUGCGGCAGCGGCAGCAGCGACAAGAACGGAGGGCCAGAGGCAGAAAAUGAGCGGCAGCAGCACCCUUUUUUGCCGAGGUCCGUCGAGGUAGAACCGGCAACACUCACUCAAAAUGGUUCUCUAACGGCGCCGGAACUGUCGAUUGAUGAAAGUCUGCUCGUUGACCCCAAAUUAUUGUUUAUCGGCUCCAAAAUUGGCGAGGGAGCCCAUGGGAAGGUUUAUGAAGGAAGGUAUGGUGAUCAAAUUGUUGCUGUCAAAGUGCUUAGUCGAGGGAGUAGUUCAGAAGAAAGAGCUGCAUUGGAGAAUCGUUUUGCCCGUGAAGUUAACAUGAUGUCUCGAGUAAAACAUGAGAAUCUUGUCAAGGUGGCCAUUGAAAUUAACCGUCUGUCUUUUAUUGGAGCUUGUAAGGAUCCACUGAUGGUGAUAGUAACUGAGCUAUUACCUGGGAUGUCACUCCGUAAGUAUUUGAAUAGCAUUCGUCCAAAACAAUUAGAGCUUCAUGUGGCUUUGAAUUUUGCCCUUGACACUGCUCGAGCGAUGGACUGUCUGCAUGCAAAUGGGAUUAUACACAGAGAUCUCAAACCAGAUAAUUUGUUGCUUACCUCAAAUCAGAAGUCUCUGAAGCUUGCAGAUUUUGGUCUUGCAAGAGAAGAAUCAGUGACUGAAAUGAUGACUGCUGAAACUGGGACUUACCGCUGGAUGGCUCCUGAGUUGUAUAGUACUGUGACAUUGCGGCAGGGAGAGAAGAAGCAUUACAAUAACAAGGUUGAUGUCUACAGCUUUGGAAUUGUCUUAUGGGAGUUGCUGACCAACCGCAUGCCAUUUGAAGGCAUGUCAAAUUUGCAGGCUGCUUAUGCAGCUGCUUUUAAGCAAGGGAGGCCCAGUCUUCCAGAGGACAUGUCCCCUGAGCUUGCAUUUAUCAUUCAAUCAUGUUGGGUUGAAGACCCUAACUUGAGGCCCAGCUUCAGCCAGAUCAUCCGCAUGCUCAAUGCUUUCCUCUUUACCAUCUCUCCACCAUCAACAUCUGUGCUAGAAUCCGAUAGCCAUGAGACAGCAGCAUCAAGUAAUGGCAUCAUGACCGAGUUCUCUGCCCGUGCAAGAGGAAAGUUUGCUUUCCUUCGCCAACUGUUCACAGCUAAGAAGACUAGAAAUUCUGAAUGAAGGGGUAAGUUUUGGAAUAUAUCGUUUUGUUCCAGCUCAAAGAAAUUUGUGCUGUCAUAGAGAUAUAUAUUGUGAAUGAGUUUGGUUAAUUGAUCAGAUUAUGAUGAUUAGCAAAGGAACGAAAUGUUGGAAAAUGAUGUUGAUGAGGGAAGUUGGCUCGUAAAUAAAAAGAUGGUUAGAGGACUUACUUGCAUUGUCUCCUGACCUUGUUGUAAAGCAGAUACGUGGAUUUAGAAAAAUCUUUUAAGUCCAUAUCCUUCUUACCAUUUUCACAGAUAGUUACUAAUACUAUGAUGCAACUUGACUCUUCAUUUUCAGUUUUUACGAUUGAAGGUGGAGAAAUUGCUUUGCUAGUGCUUUUGUUUGAUAAAGAUAUAUGUAAGUACAUAACGUGUUAAGAUUUUAAUAAAGUUGAAGAAUUUACUGUUGUUGAGACUUGA